AUGCGUGCUGCUCCCCCCCUCCUCACCCUUGUCGGCUCCGCGGUCGCUUCGACGCGCUGGCCCCAAGAAGCGGACUCGUACGCGCCAGUGACGACCUCCCAGCGGUGCCCCUACGCCGGCCAAGACUUCCCGCCCCCCACCAACCCCGCCGCCGCACCCGCCAUCCUGGCCGCGCAGUCGGCCCUGCGCCGUCAGCUCGACGCCGAGCUGCAAUCGGGCGGCGCCGGCGGCCUGGUCCAGCUGAACGGAACCUUCUUCUCCGUCGCCGUCUUCUCCGCCGCCGACGGGGACGACGCCCCGUUCUUCGACUACCACUACGCGGUCCCGGGCAUGUCCAAUGCGACCGGGGGGCGGCCGCUGGACAACGACAGCGUGUACCGCAUCGGCAGCGUGACCAAGAUGCUGACCGUGUACGCGCUGCUGGCGGCGAGGGGGGACGCCGAUUUCGGGACGCCGGUGACGGAGUUCCUGUCGGACUUGUUCGACGGAGUGGACGGCGGCGAGAGCGAGCUGGAGCGGAUCCAGUGGGAGGACAUCACCGUCGGAGCGUUGGCGUCGCAGAUUGCUGGUUUGCCGAGGGACUACGGUUGGCCCGACUACACAACCCAGGCAAACGGCAGCCAACUGCCCCUGCUGGGGGUCAACAGCUCAAAAUUGCCAUCGGAAGAUAUCCCGGCAUGCGGACUGCCGGCCCCGGGAUUCUCACCGGACCUGCCACUGUGCAGCCGUGAGGAAUUCAUCCGCGGCCUGAACCAGCUCGGCCCCUAUUUCCCUCCGUUUGAGACGCCCACCUACUCCAACGCGGGCUUCCGGCUGCUCGGCCACGCCAUGGAGAAGAUGACGGGCGAGCCGUUCGAGGAGACGUUCAACCGCCAGAUCGCCGACGCACUAGGCCUUUCCGCAACGACCGUGACGACGCCCACGAACGACAGCCACGGCGUGAUUCCCGGCGGCAAGACGACAGCAUGGUGGGGCCUCGACCUCGGCGGCGAAAACCCCGCCGGCAGCAUCUACUCGACCGCCGCCGACCUCACCCUCAUCGGCCGCUCCAUCCUGCGCUCCACCCUCCUCCGCCCAUCCCUCACCCGCCGCUGGCUCAAACCCCACUCCCGCACCUCGGACGACACGCACGCCGUCGGCGCCCCGUGGGAAAUCUCCUACACCCGCAUCCCGCUGACGUCCACCAACGACAGCAGCACCACCGACGCCGGCGCCAUCCGCGCCGACCUCUACACCAAAACCGGCAACGUCGGCGCCUACUCCGCGUCCGUCGUGCUCGACCCGGCGCGCGGGUGGGGCGCGGCGGUGCUGGGCGCGGGCGCGGCGAGCGGCGCGCCCGUCUUCUGCCUCGCCGACGUGGCGGCGCGCGCGUUCGUGCGCGGGUUCGAGGCCGCGGCGCGGGAGGAGGCGGGGCGGGCGUAUGGCGGGGUGUAUGUGCAACAGCAGGCUGGUGGAAACGGCACGCUGAGGCUGGAGGUGGUGGAGGGGCAGCCGGGGCUGGUGGUGAGGGAGUGGGUGGCGAAUGGGGUGGAUGUGCUGGGGGCGCUGACGGCGGCGAAUCUGGUGGGCGCGGUGGGCGGGACGGGCGUGACGCUGUAUCCGGCGCGGAUGGAGGCGGCGGCGGGGGACGGGGAGGGGGUGGUGGUGCGGGCGUUCCGGGCGGUGAUCGAGGCGCUGCCGAAUGCGGAUUUUGGCGGGCCGGUGGAGAGCGCGUGCUUGAGCUGGUUGACGGCGAAUCCGGCGCAGGUGGCGAACCGGAUGCUGGAUGAUGUGUGGGUCGGGGUGGAUGCCGAGACGGGCGAGGCCGCGUGGGUGGAGAUGAGGGCGUGGAGGGAGAGGUAUGUGAGGAAGUAG